CUUUUCUGCGUUCAGUGCGGCAGUGUCUUAAAUAAAACCCUAAUAUUUGCCUAGCCUUCUUUUCCCUCUCCACUCUAAGCAAACUGUCGGAAUCAAAUGGCGACGGCGGAAGACGGCGGAGUAACCGCCAAAACCACCAACGCAAACACCUCCUCCUACGGUGGAGGAGGAGCAGGAGCAGGAGGAAAGUUCCGUAGAAAGCCCUUCCGCAAACCUACGACGCCGUACGAUCGCCCCCACACCGCCCUCCGAGGAAGCGACAACAACGGCGGCUGGUUGACGAAGUUGGUGGUGGACCCCGCCUCUAAGCUAAUCUCCUAUGGGGCACACCGCUUAUUCUCCUCCGUCUUCCGGAAACGCCUCCCUCCACCGCCUCCACCCAGGGCAUCAGAGUUGAACCAGGGCUUGACUGCUGGACUUCAAGAGGCAGUUCCUAACAAUCAAAGUGGUGAACAAGAGCCUGCAGGAGGUGAAUGCAGCCAGCAAAUAAAUAGUUCUACCAGCAACGGGAUCUCCGAUCUUGAGCAAUUGCUGAAACAAAAUACCUUCACCAGGUCUGAGAUUGACCAUUUGACAGAAUUAUUGCAAUCGCGGGCAGGAGAAGCCCCUCUUAGGGAUGCGGGAAAAAGUAAUGUAGAGACAACUUCAGAUUUUGGAGGGCACCAACAAAUUGCCAUUAGUCCUUCGGAGGAAAACAGAAAUGAGGGGGUCAAAUCUCAUGGAGUUAUGCCAACUCCUGUUUCUAAUUCAAAAGUCCUUGAGGAUGAAGAGCCUACAUGGACAAUAGAUCUUCUAAAGUAUCACCAAUGAUGCUAGGGAUGCACAGUCAAGUUGGUAAGGAAGAUGCAAGGUUGAUUAGCGAGACGAGGUUUUCCUUAAAAUCACCCCUCACGUCAUUGAAAACAAAGACUUCUAUUAGCCUUGGUGCUCCAGAAAAUGGUUUCUUCACCCCUAGAUCUCGAGGUAGAUCAGCUAUGUACAGCAUGCCUCGGUCCCCUUAUUCCAGGGUACAUCCAACAUCCACCCUCAAGGGAAUUGGAAUCAACAAUAUUGGUUAUGCUGGACAGACGUCCUCAGCUUCUCUUUCUCUAAUGGAGCAUGGUCAGACAUAUGCGUCUAAACCGAUGACCUUAAAACGCAGGAGCUCUGUCUUGGAUUAUGAAACGGGAUCUGUUGGUCCCAUACGAAGAAUCAGACAGAAAUCUAAUCUAAUAGCACCUAGAACUCCUCCAACUGCUGAGGGGGCGGGAACUGCUUCUGAUGCUGUGGUAAUAUCUUUGAAGCAGAAGUUUCCAUUGACCAAUGAAAAACCAAAGCAGGCCUCAAAUGUAGUUUAUGUAAAUGAGGAUAACAGUGUCCCAAGUAGAAGUUAUGUUCAUGUUCCUUCCAAAUCCAGUGAGGUAGCUGCUAGAAUAUUACAGCAUCUUGAAAAAUUGACCCCAAAGGAAAAAUCAUCAGAGUCCAAGUUGGUUGCUGCUGUGCUGGACAAAUCACCUUUUAAAUUGACACCAGCUAUGCUUCGUGGACAGGCUCUUAGGAGCAUGGAGGAUAUAGGUUCCUCAAAGUUGCUGCUGGAUGUCCAAGAUGAUCACAAGUUAGAGAAUGAGUCUAAUGUCACUUUAACUGAUCCUUGUUAUUCUACUUCUCAAGAGCGAGGGGAAGUAAAAGAAAACGCCCCCCAAGAAAUUUUUGUCCCGUCUGACACAAGGUAUCCUGUGACGAACAAUGAUUCUGUAGUGUCCUUGAAAGUUUCUGGACUUAUAAGCAGCACUUCUAAUUCUGUUGGAAAAGACAGUAUACCUCAACCUUCUCAAAAGAAGAGAGCUUUUAGGAUGAGUGCACAGGAGGAUUCUUUGGAGCUGGAUGAUGACCUACACUUUAAUGGGCUUGCAUCUAAGCCAUCCUCUGAAGGGGGGGGACCUGUGGAAGCUCAUUUCACAGACAGCAAACUCUCACCUGCUGAAGAACCCGUACUCGUAAGAUCUACAAGUCAGCCAGAAGUGAAGGCACCUGGCCUUAUAUCUAGCAGAACAGGUGAUCUCAGUAGUCCUGGUGCUGUCACGGUGGGAGAAGGAAGUUUUGGCAUUGCCUUCCCCACUUCUGGACAAGCAACUGUGGCUGGCCAAUCUGCUGUUCUGCCUCUAUCAAUUGCUUCAUCCGACAAGCCUAAGGAAGCAAAUAAUCCUCCUCCUGUUUUCAGCUUCAUCUCUAAAGUUGCUGAUAAGGUUCCUUCUUUGCCCUCUGAGUCGAGCAACAGAAUGCCAGAAUCUAAACCAGAAAGCUCCAGCAGCUUGGUCAAUGUUUGUGCUCCUGCUGGCCCUCUGGUGAAAAUACAUGAGAUAGAAAAAGGUGGCAUUCUGACCUCUCUGAAGGUUGGGGAAAAAGAUGGAAUAUCUCCUUCUGCUCCAAUUUCAGGCUCUCAUGCUGGGUCUGUUCCUGCAGUUUCCCCUAGUGGUACAAAUCGGAUACCCACAGGUGGUCCUGUUCUUGUUACCUCUUCAACUGGCAGUGGCACCACAAAUUCUGCUAUCUCUAGUGGUACCAUAUUUGGAUUAGAUGCGACGCCUUCAGUUUCAGCCGGACCAGUUUUCACGUUUGGUGCUUCUGUAGAUCCGUCAACUGCAGUAUCAGCAGUAUCGACUAUGAACACCCCAGUAGGAGAUUUAAAAAGCAGAUCUGAUGCAGAUCAAAGCUCUGGCAGUUCAAGCAGCUCACUUACCAGUGUUGCAGCAUUUGAGGCUGCAAACUCCGGAAAUAGCAGUUUUGGACUUGGAUCUUCAUUCAGUUAUUCAACUGCAAAUAAUCAUCAAGGUUCUCUCUUCAAUAUUGCCAGCAAAACUUUGGUGUCUGUUGCUGGAGCUCUUUCUCAAGGCAGAUCUGUUCAAUCAGUUAUACCCGCAUCAUUGCCAUUGUUCAAUAUGAUUAGCAGCACUUCUAUUGGUUCUUCUUUGUCCAAUUCUCAAGUCUUCAAUUCAAACACUACUGCUUUUAAUUUUCCAGCUUCCUCAUCAGAUACUGGUGCAGUUGUUCCUAGUGGUGGGCCAACAUCCAGUUCAGUCGUCUUUGGAAUUAGUACUUCUGCUGUCGCAGAGGGUAGUGCAGUUAGCUCCAGUACUGCUGCUACUUCUGGCACAUUUAGUUUUGGUCUCAGUUCUUCCUCUUCUUCAAGCAAUGCAGUUGGAUCAACCGCUGGUGCCAGUUCAGCUGUAUUCAGUUUAGGUGGCAGUUCUUCGGUUUCUCCUUCAGCAACUAAUACCUUCAGUAGUGCUACGUCUGGCAUAUUUAAUAUCGGUGGGAGUUCUUCAGCUUCCUCCUCAGCAAUCAGCUCAGUUACUGGCUCAAACAGUGCUCCUUUGAAUGUCUUUGGUUCCGGUUGGCAAAGUCCCAAGUCUUCUAUUUUUGGUUCCUUACCUACUUCAUCCCCAUCUACAGGAUUUUCUUUUGGUGCAUCAUCCUCAGCUUCUACAAGUGCUGCACCCGUGGUUUUCAAUUCAUCCUCAGGCCCCUCAGCCAGUCCCAUUUUUUCAUUUACAACAGCGGCAGCCUCAUCUUCACUAUUGCCGUCUGUUCCCCAGCCUAUAUUUGCCCCUCCAGGGAAUAAUGAUCAAAUGAAUGCUGAAGACAGCAUGGCUGAGGAUCCAGUCCAGUCCAGUGCACCUUCUAUACCUGUAUUCGGUCAACCAGCUGUCUCCCCUUCCCCCCCUGGGUUCAUGUUUGGAUCAGCAGUUCCACCACAAGCUAAUCCCUUCCAGUUUGGCCAACAAAAUCAAGUUGCCCCUCAAAACCCAUCUCCAUUUCAAGCAUCAAGUAGUCUAGAAUUCAAUGCCGGCGGCAGCUUCUCAUUGGGAAGUGGUGGCGGUGACAAGUCAGGUAGAAAGUUUGUGAAAAUUAGUAGAAAUAAGAACCGGAAGAAGUGAAAAUGUCGACUUGUAUAUCUGUGAUGUCUUAGAAAGAGUUGAUGACAAUCCUUGGCAGCUCGAGCUUUAUUGAUCCUUGAAGUUCUAUUUUGUUCUAUUUUUGGCCUUUGUCGACGGAUCAGCUGUUCCCGGUGCAGGACAAGGUAGCCUUUUGCUUUUGAUUAAUAUUCUAUCAAAAUUUUGGAGGCCAAAAAGUAUCCCAAAGUCGAAUGAUGUUUCCGGAUUGCAUUUAAUGAUCAGUUGGGUAUGAAACUGCAUCAUUGAAAUUGCAUGUGUAUUCUUGUGUGUAACAUAAAUAUAAAGGUCCCAAAACGUUGUCUCAGAUAAAUAAGUCUUUCUAAUUUUCGUGUCACAUUCCGGAAUUCCUCUUCUGGUAUCGUGUUCUUCAUUCUUUUGUCGUUGAUGCAUCUGUGGUUUUAAAAGAGCAUUUUACCUUAACAUCAUAAUACGGUACCUUUUAUGGGCA